AUGAAUGAAAAUGAGAUCAUUUGCAGACAAUUGUGUCAAUCGAUUGAUGUGGUGAUGGAUGAGAAGAGUGGUGUACUCGAGAGGAAUAAUGCCAAUCAAUUGAUGGAUCAGUUUAAAUACAAUCACAAUGUUUUGGUCUUAUAUGACAUCUCCUUAAGACUCCUCAAUCAGACCACCGAUCAGUUGAGCCACAAAUCGGUUGUUUACAAACUCUUUGGUUUGCAGACACUGGAAGUGGUCAUCAAAUUCCACUGGAAUUCAAUCGAUGAUAGUCUAAAGCAACAGAUCAAGCAAUUGAUCCAAAACUGGUUUCUCAUUGACAUGUCUUCAGAUGAGGUUCGGGUCAACGAAUGGCGGCAUUUGAUGAACGCCUCGAGUCGUUGUGUCGUCGAAGUGGUCAUCAGAGAGUGGCCCCAAAAUUGGCCACAAUUUGUGUCUCAUUUGCUUCACAGAGAGUCCACUUUGAGUUUGUACUGCAUUUGGCAGUUGUCUGAAGACAUUGGGAUCUUCUUCCGACCAAACAAUGGACAACGAAGACGUGAAAUCACUAAUGAAUUGAAUAGCAAUUUUUCGGACACUAAUCUCUGUUUGACAUCCAUUUCCGCAUUGAAUGUCAUGUUUGAAUGGACACUAUUGGAUGAGAGCUUAAUGAACCAAUUGUUGCAGAUAUUAGCCAACGAUUAUCAGCACAACAAAUGGAUUCAAAUGAAACAACAGGUCUGCGAUUGUCUUCUGGUGUGUCUGAACCGCAAACAACUGAAGCCAAGCGAUAAGACUGCCAUCCAAAGCCUUUAUAACAAUUAUAACAUCUCUUUAAUCCAUUGUAUCGUUAGUUGGAAUCAAUGUCUUCAAGUGAUGAUCUCUCUGUUCUCCCAUCAAAAUAUAAUCUCACGACAAGAGUUUAAUAGAUCUCUGUUAGGCUUAGAUUUCGAUGACACCGACGACUUCGAGACUUUCUUCUUGAAGUUUAGAGCCGACACCAUUGAACUCCUCAGACAAAUGACUUACUCUAAUGCAUUGACUGAUUUGGAUCAGAAAACGUGUUUCAAUUUUGUCAGCGAAUCACUGAACACUGCUAUAAUUAAGUCAAAUGAUGAUCCAAUUGUUUGGGAGAUAUUGGCACAACUUUCUGCCGCAGUAUUCAACAAAAUUGUGGACAGAACUCAAUUUUGCACCGAAAGUGAUGUUCUUUUGCAACUACUAAUCGACAAAAGCAAUAGAAAUAAUGCCGAUAUCAUAUCGAGCCAACUUUCAUGCAUAUCAGCGCUCACUGUAUUUCUGCCCAACAUUUGCGACAAUUCUCUCAAACACAUCAUUGAACGGACAUUAGUUUUGUCGUCGUUUACACUUGAGGGUCAGACACGGGAACCCAAAACCAAAGAUGUGAAGAAUCUUCGCCGACACGCGUGCUCUCUCAAUGAAUUCCAAGACAUUGGACUUCAAAAAGAAUUUAUUGAAGAAUUGCUUACAUCUAUAAACUGGAUUAAAGAUUACAAUAUAAAUGCAUUGGAAUUGCUGUGUGAUAUGGGUCUCCAUUUGGAUUCAUUAGAUGACAAGAUCUAUAGUGAAAAGCGGGCAAACAUUGUGUAUGCGGUGAAUCUGAUUUUAGGUUUACUCAAGCGUAUCAAAAGCGAGCGAACUAUUGUGUUAAUGCCUCAAAUAUUUCCUCUAAUCAAUGACUAUCAGGAGAAAUGUCAUGAAAACUACAGGAGUCUGGUUUACGCCAACAUCACUGAAACGGACAAAACACACGUUUUAGAUAUAGCAUCAAAUAGCAAGAAUAAUGAACACAUAACCACCAAAUCAGAUGCUUAUCGGAUGCAAGUGUGGCCGCAACUGUACUCAAGCCACAUAUCUAUGAUCAGAUCUCUGACUUUAAGCCAUAUUCUUUUGCCCUUUCUUUUCAAUAAAAUCGAUGAGAAGUGGAAUGAAAUUAAAGCUAAGAAUCAAUGCAUAGAUGAAGGCAUGAAAGACGAGAGCGAACCCAUUGAGACGGAAGUGAUUUCAGAUCAAAUCAAUCGAUUUUUAGGCAAAGAGUUUAUUGAACUAUUAGUUACUAUUUUGAGUCCAAUCAAAACGAAUCAGUCGAUUGACUCGAAUAUGGAUAACAAUGAUGUGAUGGAUACAGAUAUAUCCGAAUUAGGCAACUAUUUACUCAAUACCAUUCCCAAUGUCAUUAUAUACCCGACCGCUAAAGCCCUUUCAUGGCUCGACUCAAACACUGCGUUAAAAACUUCUCAUUUGAAUGCACUUCUCAUACGAAAGAUAAUCAAAGAGCAGAUGAUCCGCACCGAAGACGCCAUCUUUUUCCUGUUGCAGCAAUUGAUUAGCGGUUUGUCUUAUUUCGGAGAACACGAACAAAAUCAGUCCAUUCUAUUGGACUUAAUACUCAUUCUCUAUGAGGGAAUUGCCAUCAAAUUAGGUUUUAAUGCCAUUAAAGUGAGUUUGAGUGAAAUGAGUGGUUCCCAUAUCAACGAAUGGAAUCAAUUUAACGAUAAACUCAUAAAUAGUGAGAAAAUUAAUUUCACUGAAAAGAAGAAGAAGGAAUUCCUGAGAAGACUUCUCUCACAAUUGAUUGGCAAAAAUAUCGGACAGCUAUACAAACAUAAAAGCAUCGAAAUUAAGAAUUUGAGACCAAUUUUCUACACCAAAAACAGCCGAUUAAAGGAUUCACAAGAAGAGGACGUUUCGCUUUGUUUAUUAUUUAAUGACAAUUAA